AGGGCGGGCUUCUUUGGUGAAGUCGCGCCCAAAGAAGCGCGAAAAUUUUCUAAAUCCGGUGCAUCUGAUAUCCAAAAUGCGGGAUUCCCUCUCCUAGGCUGGAGCGAGGUGGAGAGAGGGGGAAGAGAGGGGGGGAUGGAAGUCCAGAAAAAACGAGAAGGUUGGGAAGGUCAGGCGGAAGCCAGCCUAAGCCUGACACCGGGUUCUUCGAUCCCCAUUUGCUACCACUCCCAAUUCGGGUCUCACGACGAUCUCCUUCUCUUCGAGGUUGACGACAAGCUUCUUCCUGAUGUUCUAGGAAACCGGGUUUCAAUUCGAGGACAGCCUGAUGAGGAUGCGGUACUUUGUACUCUUUCAUCCACUUAUGCUAUGAAGUUUGUUGGCACAUCCAACUCUGUAUUCUUGAUCCCUCCAGGAGACUCGAUUCCAGCCAUGAAAACUACUUCUGCCAAUGAUGAGAUGAGCACCUCAGUGGUUGCAUCUGUCAUCACAGUUGCACCAGGUAACAUUGAAUUGAUCCAAGCAGCACCAAAGCUUGAUAAGUUACAGAAACUUCUCAGCGAGAACCCUUACAAUCUUGAAGAAGAUUUAUCUUCCAGUUCAGUGCACAGCGGAGGCCUACACAGGUGGCAAGACCUUGUUGAAACAAUCCAAGCAAGUGAAGAAGAGAUAAGAGCUGCGUUGAAGUCCCUCUCUGCUGUGGAAAUUGAUGGGUACUGGAGGAUUGUUGAUGACAAAACAAUGCAUGAAACCUUAGAUAUGAUCUUACGCAACUCAGUCCUGCAUGACUGGAAGAUAAGUGCACUCAGUGAAGAUUGUGUCCUGUCCACCAUGGAAGCUGAUGGCUUUCCACCCAGGAUAGUUUCACACUGCCUUGAAACUCAUGGAAGCAAAGUAUAUUGUUCUAACGAUAAUUUAUGGAGACUAGAUGAAAAACGGGUAUGCCUACGAUUUGCCCUUCGUGUUUUGAGCGGAGGAAAGAUGAAGCUCGAGAGUUUCAUGGACAAGUGGGAACACAGUAUCCCUCCAGGAAUGAAGGCAGAUUUGAAAAUGCUUGAGGGUGAAGUUUUAUAUGAAAAACUUGGAGUUGAAGAGUGGAUUCGUGCUUUCAGCAUCUCAGCUCUUCCUUCAGAUCCAGCCAACCGCUUUGCUGCUUUGUUUCGGGAGCGGCAAAAGUGGGAAUGGAAGGACUUGGAGCCCUAUAUCCGAGAUAUUCGUGUGCCUGGCCUCUCUACAGAAGGUUUGCUUAUCAAAUAUACUCGUAGAACACAGCCAAAUGCAGAAGCUGAACCUAUAUUCAGUUCAAGAUAUACCUAGUUUUUUUUUUUUUGAGAGAUUUACAUAUAUACCAUUCUAUACUAUUCUAUUUACAUAUUUAACACAUGAAACUUUAAUAUUACAUACAUACCACCCACAGUUCAUUUUCACAUCAAA